UUGUACUAGCCAAAUAAUUGUAAAAAUCAAUAAGGAUGGUAAAUGUGAAAUAAAAUAUUACAACACCCAUUAUGGCCAUGACAAACAAGUUGAGCAUCUGCAUAUCCCUAAAACAGAAAAGGAUGCAAUUGCUUCAAAAUUAAUGCUAGGUGUUUCAAGUGACAGGAUCUUGGAUCAUUAUCGUGAAAACAUAUCCAGCCAAGAAAUACAGAGGAGUGAUAUUCUUACCAAGAAGGAUAUAAAUAAUGUCAAACAAACUUACAACAUUGACCUCAGAAAUGGUUGUCGGUAUUCAGUAGAUGCAGUUAGCAUAGAUCUUUGGAUAAAGGAACUUGAAACACAAGAAAAUAAUCCUGUAUUAUUCUAUAAAAAACAAGGUGUAGUAUCUGAACUAGAGACCUUAUUAAUAGAGUCAGACUUUUGCCUUAUCCUUAUGAACAGUGUUCAAGCUGAAGUACUGAAAAAUUUUGGAUCAAAUAUCAUUUGUAUAGAUAGUACACAUGGGUUGAAUCCAUAUGAUUUCGAGUUAACCACAUUAAUGGUUCUUGAUGAAUUUUCUAAAGGCUUUCCAGUAGCUUGUAUGUAUAGUAAUAGAAAAGAUACCUAUAUAAAUGAAAUAUUUUUUAGACACAUUAAAAAUAAAGUUGGAGCAAUUCACUCAAUGACGUUUAUGAGUGAUAUAACAAACACCUAUUUUAAUGCUUGGUGUUUAGUUAUGGGCACAGAGGUUAAAAACAGGUUGUAUUGUUCAUGGCACAUAGAUCGUGCAUGGCAAAAUAAUCUCAGUAAAGUAAAAAACAUGGAAAAAAGGAAAUGGGUAUAUCAAACUUUAAAAUACUUGCAAAGAAUAUUAGAGUGUGACAAAUUUGAAAAAGAGUUUCAUUCUUUUAUUCAAUUACUUAUGGAUGAAGAUCCUACAAAAGAUAUGGGAAUUUAUUUAAAAAAUAAUUAUAGCAAUUGCACCAAACAAUGGGCAUAUUGCUACAGGAAGCGCUGUGGUAUUUCGACAAAUAUGCAUAUUGAAAAUAUGCAUAAAAUUCUAAAGCAUACCUAUUUGCAGGGAAAGAAGGUAAAACGUUUGGAUAAGUCUGUACAUUUUGUGCAAAAGCUCAUACGAGAUAAAAUUAUUGAUAGGCUAAUUAAGCUAACCAAAGGCAAAAGUACAAAACAAUGUCAGCAAAUAAGUGCCCAACACCGUCUUGCACUAACAAUCAAAAGUGAAAUUACAGCACAAGAAGGAAACCAAUUUGUUAUUAAAAUAGCAAAUAAUAAUGAGCACUAUGUUACCAAGAUACAUGACAAUCCAUACUGCAAUUUAAAAUGUGUAUAUUGUAAUAUAUGUAUACAUUCUUUGGAAUGCACUUGCAUAGAUUUUAAUAUUAAGAAUAUUAUUUGCAAACAUAUACAUUGUGUUUGUCUUGGUAAUUUCAAUGUGACUAAGGCUGUGAUUUGUGAAGGAAAAAAUAAAAUUGAAAAUAAUGUUGAGUUAAAUAUGCUAAUAAGUAAUCCUAAUAUUGCUAUACCAUCAAAAUUAAUGGAUGAAGCUAUCAAAGAACAAAUAAAAUCAAAUUUAUUAGAUAUAUAUAACAAGGUAGAGAAUGAAGAACAUUCAUCAGAACAUCUCAAGGAUUUGUUAGACAAAUCUAAAAAUAUGUUAAUGUUAUUAAAAGUUGAAAGCAAAACCCCAUUUAUUUCUGUAGACAAAAAUAUAAAAAAAUAACCAAUAAACAAAAAUAUAAAAAAACAGUCAUUCUACUCAACUAAAAAAAGA